CAUUACAAACUCUGAUAUAAAUCUGCAUCCUACACGUUUGGGAAAUUGGGCUUCUUUAGCGAACACCUUUCGAAAUUGAAUGGCCUCUUUCGGGGAAGUUUCCGCUUAGCAUCUCUUGUAUUUUAACGCAAGAGAGAGGUUCGUCCCAUCGCUAACACUUCAGGAUGGACGAAAUCAGGGAAAAUUUCCGUUUAAGCCUGUUUUUUGCUUUUACAGUGUUUAUUCAACUGAAUGUUUAUGGGGCUGUAGUCGGGGCUGCAGAUACACUUUCCGUGGGCAACUCGCUUACUGGAAAUCAGACAAUAAUUUCCAAGAACGGCACAUUUGAAUUGGGGUUCUUCAGUCCAAAUGGAACCAAUAACUGGUAUAUUGGCAUCUGGUAUGCUAAAAUACCAGAGAAGACGAUCGUUUGGGUGGCUAACAGGGAGACUCCCGCGAGAAACAGGUCUGGAGUUUUGAAGCUGUCUAGAGAAGUUAAUUUGGAACUGUUCGAUGCAGAGGGCGCAUCUCUUUGGUCACCCAACAUAUCGAGCAAGGCUUCCCGGGUUGUGAUAUUAGAUUCUGGUAAUUUUAUAAUGCUCGGUGCUGACAACAAAUCUGAAACUGUUUGGCAGAGUUUCGAUUAUCCUUCUGACACCUGGUUGCCAGAGAUGAGGUUCGGUGGACAGCAAAAGUUAGUCUGUUGGAAAAGUUCAUUGGAUCCUGCUCCUGGGCUUUUCUCCUUUCAUGUGGAUCCAUCUGGGGUCAAACAAUUCGUGCUAACAUGGAAUAAUUCUGUAAAGUAUUGGGAGAGCGGAGCGUGGGACGGCAAAAUUUUCAGUGGAGUUCCAGAAAUGACACAGAAAGGCUACUACAAUCUCAGUGUAGAUGUUACUAGCUCUGGUUUGUAUGUCAGUUAUCCAUACGUGAAUGCGCCUUCACGUUUCGUCCUAAUUAAGUCCGGAGAAAUUCAACAAUUUUAUUUCAUUGAUGGCAGUCAGUGGAAUAUGGUCUGGUCUCGGCCCAGAGAUCAAUGUGCCGUAUAUGGUUUGUGCGGCGCUUACGGAAGCUGCAACUCCAACAAUCUUCAGUUCUGCAGCUGCGUGGAAGGCUUCACCCCCGCAGAUAAUCGCACCUGGGAUUCUCAAGAGUGGUGGUCCAGUGGCUGUGUUCAGCAGAGGCCGUUAAAAUGCGGUGCCAAAAGUGGUAGCACGGACGGAUUCAUCGAGCCGAGCGUCACGUUGCCUGAUGAUUCUGCUUCCUCAUAUCCUGCAACCACAAAGAAAGAAUGCCAGAAAGCCUGCCUCAGCAACUGCUCGUGCACUGCGUAUAGUUUCCAAUCACCUUCAGGGCCCUGCCAAAUCUGGUGCGGAGAUUUGUUAAACUUGCGUAACUCUCUUCCAUCAAAAAGCAAUUCAAAUACUUUAAUUCGAGUAGCUGCCUCUGCACUUCCAGAGUCUGAUAAGUCGUCCUCCUCCAAACGCAAAAGAGCAGCUAUCGUAGGCGCAGCGCUAGCUGUGGUCGUUGCAGUUGCAAUUGCUUUGGGCAUAUUAACGUUUUUACGCAAGCGAAGGCAGCGAGUAGUACCACCACUGAGGUGGGCAGAGUCCUGCAACCCUUCGCUCAGAGCGUUUACUUACAAGGAGCUCAAGACUGCAACCAGGAAUUUCACCCACAAGUUGGGUGGCGGCGAAUUCAGCUCUGUGUUCAAAGGUUCUCUAAGCGAUAGUACUCAGGUGGCCGUGAAAAAAGUUGGAAACUCGAGGGACGGAGAGAAACAGUUUCAGAAGGAAUUGAGCACAGUGGGGAAAUUUAAACACCAUAAUAUGAUCGAGCUCCGAGGGUUCUGUUUGGAGCGGUCGAGGAAUCUGCUGGUGUACGAGUACAUGCCCAUUGGAUCCCUGGAUUCCUUCUUAUUCGACAAUUCAAAAGCCCAAUACAAGGUCUUGGACUGGAAGACCCGCUUCCAAAUAGCCCUGGGGACGGCAAAGGGGAUCGCUUAUCUGCACGAGGAGGGAAUUGUGCACUGCGAUAUAAAGCCCGAGAAUAUCCUGCUGGACGCGAAAUUCAACCCCAAAAUUGGAGGUCUUGGGCUGGCGAAGAUAGAGGGCAUAGCUUUCAGCCACGAAGAGACGUUCAUCAGAGGAACGAGGGGUUACCUCGCUCCUGAGUGGAUGUCUGGCCUGCCCAUCACUGCCAAGGCUGACGUCUACAGCUUUGGCAUGACGCUGCUUGAAAUCAUUGCGGGGAGAAGAAAUUCCGAUCUGAUCGUGGAGUCGAGCAUUAUGUUCUUUCAGGCGUGGGCUGCAGAGCAGAUGAAAAGGGGGAAUCCUUUACUUUCUGAGGAGGAUGGGGAUUUUGUUCACGGCAAUUCAGAGGGCGAGGAGAUUAGAAGAGCUACAAUGGUGGGUGGAUGGUGCGUUCAGGAAAGGGAAGAUGCUAGACCCUACAUGUGGCAGGUCAUCAAAAUUCUGCAAGGUCUUCUAGAUCUUCAAACAUCACAAGCUUUGCAACUUCUCCUCAACGGUAGAGGACACCAUGUUUUAUCUUAAUUAAAGAUCAAACCUCCCUUGCUGAUCUGACUAAUCAAAGGGAAAUCCAUAUCUAAUAUGAAAAGGGAUUUGAAUGCGCUAACCCACCCACAAGGAUUAUGAAGUCCACAUCUCCAUCAACAUUUCACAAAUAGACAGUGACGAGUGUGAAGUUGCGUGAAAUUGUAUUUGCACUUAGGCUAUCUUAAGAAAUUACUGCAAUCUAUUUUUGUGUAUAGGGAAACUUGUGUGUAAUUUUAUGCUCUACUUUAAUUAAUGAAGAAAUAUUGUAAUUCAUUCAUAGCAACAGUUCAGUUUGAAAAUGUUGUAAGGGGUUUCGGGUCUCUUCAAAAUCUGUUUUAUCUUUAAUCAAAAGUAGUUCAGUUUGAAACAUUA